CUCGUCAUGUUGCCGGACUUCGACGUCACUGCUUUUAGGUAGUGGCUCAAUGACCUAAUCAUCACCGACAACACUACAAAGAAGAUUGUCGGCGCACGCAAACCUGUGUAGGUCGCCCGCUAGCUCCUUGAAGAGAAGCAGGCCAACGCUGCCAACCUAGAACAGAAGGUUGUCGCCACCUAACAGUUGUCUUCCUCAACCCUAGAUGCCCAGUCAAACGCCUCCGACGAGGCGACCGUCAUCGCUAGCCUCCAUAUCUAGUUUAUGAUAACUGUCUCAAAUGUUCGCCAACUAGCGAAUACCGUUCUAGACGCAUCGUCGUCCUACUACGCUCGCUAGCAUGAUCUCAUGAUGUUGGCCUUGACACGGUACGCCCUCGCUGACCAUAUUGAGUGGACGAUGCUUUCCCCCAACAACCCCGGCAGAAACUACAUGGACAACGUCGUCCUUUGCUGACACACCAACAUGAUCUCCCAUAAUAUUUAAGAGGUCGUUCCGGAACGUGGUCGCACCGCACGGCACUUGUGGCUUGGUCUUGAGAACCAGUUCCUAGGUAAUCGCAAGACCCAUGAUCUUCACCUAGACGCUGCCUUCCACAUCUUUGUAUAGGGUGACCUCUCCGUGGGAGAGAACACCGCAAGUUCAAAAGCAUGGUCGAUGCCCUCGCUAAACUAGGAUCUGACGACGACACGAUCAUCGUCCUCAACAUCUUGCAAAGGGCUCAACCAGCGCUUCAAGCACCUUGACAAAGCAUUCGCCGCUACUCGCCAUUCGUAAACUUUCUCAAGGUCCGAGAUGAUCUUCUGUGGAAGAGAUCUAUCUAGACAUCUCCGAUCUAACAAGGACUCCAACGACGCACUACUCCAAUAACACAUCGUGUACUCCAAAGCCCCUGUCUUCGACAUCGUCUCAUUCGCCCGGCUCUAGUACCAGAAACAAUAUUGGGAACAACAACUCCGGCAACAGCUGAAACAACUGCAACAACCACUGCAAUAGUGGCAAUGGGCAGCAACGAUGGCAAGCACGGCCACAACGGCAGUUGUGGGGCUCCUCCAACACGUCUACCAGACUACCACGCCUCAUACGGGUGCCAAGAGCACCGACAGCAAAGCACCACUGAAAGGGAAAUGGACUUAAAACAUUUCCUAUAAUCGAUUUUGGUGUUUGACGUCCAUCACAAACCACGUGGACUAACUAGUUUGCCCAGAUGUCUUUUACCUCAGGUGCAUAAGGUUCAACAUGAACCAAGAAAGAAAUUAAGUUGGGGACUCAACUAAGAUUGGCGCAAAGAUUAGCAUUGGUGCUGCCAGUGGCACACCGGACAGUAUCUGGUGUGCACCGGACAGUGUCUGGUGCCCAGGCCAAGCACCUCACGAACUAGCCACUCUCGGGUUUCUCAAGGAGGCGCUCCGCUAUAAUUCACCGGACUGUCCGGUGUGCACCGGACAUGUCCGGUGAGCCAUUGGAGCAACGGUCAAAUGCACGCAACGGUCGACUGCAAAAGUGAACAGUGCGUAGUCAGAAGUCAGAGCAGAGAAAUCAGAAAGCACCAGACAUGUCCGGUGCGGCACCGAACUGUCUGGUGCAGCAAGACAAAGGACUUCAACGGUCAACCGCUCCAAACCCCAACGGGCAGCUGACGUGGCGCACAUCGGACACUGAACAGUGACCUGUCCGGUGCACCACCGGACUGUCCGGUGUGGCCAUCGACAGCAACGGCUGGAAUAGUGGUUGGUGCUAUAAAUACCCCCCAACCACCUUCAUUCAAGCUAUCCAAGCCUCCUACACUUCUCAUUCAAUACAAGAGCAAAGGCAAACACUACAAAGACACAAUCAAAGCAUUCAAUUCACUUCAAGCUCCAAAAAACAACUCAAUUGCUUAGAAACUUGAGAGAUGAUCAUUUGUGUUCUUUUGUUGCUCUUGUUGCUUGGAUUGCUUUCUCCUUCUCAUUCUUAUUCUUUAAGUGCUUUGUAAAGCUAGCAAGAGACACCUAAGUGUGUGGUGAUCCUUGCGGAGUCUUAGUGACCCAAGUGAUUAAGGAGAAACAUCGACCGGUCUGUGUGACCGACUGAGAGAGAGAAAGGGUUGGAAUAGACCUGGCCUUUGUGGCCUCCUCAACGGGGACUAGGUUCUUUGGAACCGAACCUCGGUAAACAAAUCACCGUGUUCACUUGUUGAUCUUCACUUGAUUUGUUUCCCUUCUUUCCUCUCUCUAAAAGUUCCCUUGCCCACAUUGAUUGAGCAACUCCAAGCAAGGAGAACUAUCUUAUGUACUCCGAUUUAAUUCUAACGCUAAACCCGGCCUUAGUGUGUGUUUAAAGUUUGUAAAUUUCAGGUUUUGCCAAUUCAUCGCCCCCCUCAAGGCGACUUUCAACCACCCUCAUGGCCAACGUAAGUCCACCCAUGGCAAGGGCACAUUGCUAUAUACCUCGCUCCUCAUGGAUACUCUUAAGGGCUUAAUCAAUGUUUAGGUUUCUAUUAAGUCCUAAUGGGCCAAAACAAAACCGAUUGAACCAUUUAGAGAGGAGACGUGGCAAAACUCAAAACACGAACCUGAUAAAUCAAUUUCAGUCUCGUAGGAUGUAGGAUGAAUUUGAAAAGACAACAUACACCUAUGAGACUUCAACUAGAGCAUGAAUGGCAAUGCCCAAGCUAUCCCUAGUCACACAGGUUCGGCGAGACGACGAAUCGUGCACGCCAUCCUCCUCGUCGACCGUUCUGAGGGUGCAGGAUGUGUUUUGUGACUAGGAUGUGUUUUGUGACUGAGGUGCACGAGCAAUACCUGUCCCGGCCAUAACUGACGAGCCUGUGGAAGGAUGGUGCUUCCCGAAGUGGGCGGGCGAGGGCCUGGUCAAGCCGGCGCUGCAAACGCUCAAGGUCAUCUUCCACUUCUCGUCUCGCGUUGUCCGAUCAGAGCAGGUAUGCCAAUCUCCGCGAGCUCUCACGUCAACUGGAGUCUUUAGCAGCGUGGAUAGCAGAGCUGGUCUGCUGGUGUCCGCACUCUGCGAGGGUGACCAUCGACGAAAGCGGAGCGAUCAUCCUCUUCGAUGUGGCUUCCGUAGUUUCGAGACAUGACUGCAUAGAAGUGCAUGCCUGGAUGCACAUACGUGAUGUCAAGAUGCAGCUCCUGCAUGGUGACCGAGACGAGUUCAUCUGCCCAUGGCCUCAGCGAUGGUGUCUGUCCUCGAUGCGUGCUCCAUGUCUGCCCUUGAAGCAGACGCAAUGCCGACCUUCUACGAUGAGAUGGACCGCACCAUCGUGACACCUGGUGGUCGAGCACUACGAGCACAUUGACAUGAUGGACGACGACACGCUAGGCGCCAGGGAUGCUCACGGACACCGUCUGCAGAAGCGGCAGGGCCAGGACACCGAUGCGUCGCUCUGUGGCCAACGCCAUCGUCGCGUUCUUCAAGUGGAUGUCUAGGGACGCCGCAGCAAUGGAUGGCAUCAAGGCACGGCAAGACUAGCCCUCAUUGGACCAUGCCUGUGGAAGGUCGGGUGCUUCCCGAACUAGGCAGGCGAGGGUCUGGUCAAGCCGGCACUUCAGACACUCGAGGCCACCUUCUGCUUCGCAUCACUAGUGCUCUCAGACCUGUGCGGGCAUGCUAGUCGCCGCGAGAUCGCGCGCCAACUGGAAUUCCUCGCGGAGCGGAAGUUGGAGCUGGUGUCCGCGCUCUGCAAGGGCGACCGGAGUGUGCCUCCGAGGCCGUGCUCCUUUGGGAGCGCAGCGCAUACGAGGUGUGGCAGCUAUUGAUAACUCCACAUCUAUUUCUGUUAGUGGUAGGCUUUCCAAUUUCGAGUCUAGAGGUAUGUCUGUGUUUUUCCCAAGUUCAGUUUCGUCAGGCAGAGCUAGAGUAGUGCCCAUGCAACUUGCAACUGGUCGAGUCUAUCCUAGUGGGGCUUUGCCCUAGUCUUUAGGAGAAGGGAGGUAGUGGAGUCAGUUACUCUCCAACAUGCCUUCUAGUUCGGCGGCACUAGGCCACUUGGCCAUGUAAUUAUUAUUAACAGAUAAAUAAGAGAGUAACAUAAACAUAAAACUGCCUUCGACAGCACCAAAAUAUCUGUGUCUACUUCUGUGGGUUCAAGUGCGAACCUCAGGUAUCAGAGCCUAUUGAUUCUUCCUAAAGUCGAUCGUAGUCGAUCGUCGAUGGAACCGCGAUCCCACGAUUCGUUUCACCAAGGGAAACAAGACACUUCCACCGUCACCUGGAUCAAAGGGCUCCAGGGCGGCAAGAAGACUGGAGAGGAUGAGUCCAGCUCCUCGCGCACGGUGCGCGAUGUCGACAGACAUGUGAAUUGGCCUCUCCUUACCAAGACCUUUGGGAUGGGCACUACUGAUGAAGAUCAAGAUGAAGGCUCGAAACCUUUGGGAUGCAGACGAACACGACGGCGCCUCCGACCAGGAGGAGAUGAUGGCCCUAGAUGCCAUCACGACCGUCGUGCCAAUGGAGAUGGUAGCACAAUUGCCUGUCAUGGAGACGACCAAGGAGGCUUGGAAGGCGAUGCAAUCCCUGCACUCGGGAGUGACCAAGUCCGGAAGUCCAACACACGUCGACUACGCCGAGAGUUCGAGACGAUCCGUUUCAAGACAGAUGAAUCCGUUGAUGACUUCACCAUGUGCAUCUCCAUCCUCGUCACAGCCAUGGAGACCGUAGGCAAGGAGGUGGAACCACACCAUGUCGAGAAGGCGUUGCGCAUCGUCCCCAAGAAGUUCAGCGAGGUCGCCGUCGCCAUUGAAAUCAUGGCGAACCUCACCAAGCUCAUCGUGGAGGAUCUCUCUAGGCCAUUGCGCACAGCAGAAGAAAGGGACGCCGAGGAGGAGCCCCCACUGUGGCGUGUUGACAGCAAGUUGUACCUAACAGCAGAGCAGUGGGAGAAACGUACGCGCGGGUGCCAUAGCGGCAGAGACGACUCCUCAUCGUCGAAGGGAAGUAGCUACCAACGCCGCAAGCCACGAAGGAAGUCUGGUGGGUGCAACAACCUCAAGGACCAUAAUUGUGGCAAGAAGAAGCAGUGGUCAAGGAGUGUCGCGCGCUAAGGAAGGAGCGCACCAACUUGACACACGAAGACGAGGAUGAUGCGGCUCUCCUACUCACUGUCACGAGCGUCGAUCCCGCUCCAACUUGCCUCGAGCCGGAGAAUGAACCAACGACGCGCCUAGGUCUCCACAUCAACGAGCCCAAGGUGCGAGCGUUAUAGCAGCGGAUGACGACAAAGGCUGGUAUGUCGACACCAAAGCCUCAAAUCACAUGACCGGUUGCGAUGACGUCUUCGCCGAGCUAGAUCAUGACAUAAAGGGAAAUGUCAAGUUUGGUGAUGGUUUCGUCGUUGACAUCAAUGAGAUCGUCACGGUGGUCUUCUCCAGCAAGCGUGGCGAGCACAAGGCACUAAGGGGUGUCUACUACAUCCCACGGCUAAAGAAUUCCAUCAUCAGUGUGGGUCAACUCGACGAGGGUGGCUCCCGUGUUGAGGUCGAGCACGGCAUCCUUCGCAUCUGGGAUCACGAAACCGGUUGCUCGCCCGGGUGGAGCUGCAGAAGAAUCAGUUGUACGUACUAUGGCUUCAGAUGGUGCGCCAGGUAGCGCAGCUUGCCCAACCCAAGGACAACGACGCCUAGCGGUGGUACAAACGUCUCGGCCACAUCAACAAGAUGGCACAAACGUCUUCGUGAUCCUCCCUAAGUGGUUCAAUCUAAUCUGUUUUGGCUCAUUAGGACUUGAUAGAAACUCGUAUAAUGAUUAAGCCCUUAAAAGGCAUACUUCUCUUAUCUACUCCUUUCAAGCACAAGUUUCGUGCGUCGUGAGUCGCGUGCGAAGCGUGUAGGUUUGUUCCUCUUUCCCGCUUCUUGCCUACUAAUCUCUACUACUUUCAAGCAUCAAUUUCGUGUGUCAUGUGUGCGUCAUGUGCGAAGCGUGUCAGCCUGUUUCUCUUCCCCGCUUCUCGCCUACCAAUGGGUCGGUACACCACAGAAGGGUCGUGAUAAACCACUCAAACCCAACACGAUAGGAAGCCACACGCAACGCAGCGCUCCCACAUAGUACCACCUCGCUAGCUAAAGGAGAACGAGCGAUCAAGCAAACUAUAAAAAAGGGGGUCAGGCUCCUUUUAAACUCAUACAUUUCUCAGCCUUUUGGCUAAGAUGAAGUUUAAUAUUUGUUCUUAUUAGUUUAAUAUCUGAUAUGUGGACUAUAUGUUCACUUUGAUAUUAAAUUUAUUUUUUAUGGGUAUCAAAUAUGACUGUAUGUCGUCGCAAUGCACGGGCAUUGUACUAGUUAUUAGUUUAUGGAUCGGAUUGACACUAAGGGAACUGCAUUUUACUCAUUAUAUAUUUCACAUUUACAGACUAUCACUAUAUAAUGCAAUAAUACCUACAAGGAUGUGGCUUGCGAGCCUAGACGAACCGAGUCUGCUCGUGAGCCAACUUCAAGUCGAGUCGAGCCUCAUUUGUUUAGCUCGUGCAGUGGGCGAGCCGAGCUCGGCUCGUUUCCAACCCUACCCACUGGCAACGUGCUACGGAGGAGUAUGGAACCUUGUUGGCCAACCACACCAAGGACUUGGUGUUGCCUCUCCCAGGCACCAAUGUGGUCAACGGCAAAUGGAUUUUCUGUCACAUGCUCAAGGCCAAUGGUACUUUGUAUCAGUACAAGACUUGUUAGAUCCUUUAGGGGUUCACUCGGAAUCCUUAAUGGACUACGACAAGACCUUUAGCCUCGUGGUAAAGAUCGCCACCGUUCAGACUAUCCACUCACUCGGCCUCUCCCGGGACUGGGCGAUCCACCAGCUGAACCUCAAGAAUGCCUUCACAACACUCUGACUAAGACAGUGUGCUGCAGUUUGCCUGUCGCUUCAUCGACUCCACUCGCCUAAGUAUGGUGUGUAAGCUUAACUGCUAUUUAUAUGGCCUCAAGUACGUGCCUCGGGCCUGGUACAGUCACUUCGCCUCCUACUUGGUCUUCCUUGGCUUCGUCGAGGCCAAGUCAGACACAUCUCGGUUCAUCCUUCAGCGCGGCGACGGCACUGAUUACCUCCUCUAAGUCGAUGACAUCAUGCUUACGUUGUCUAGUGACGCCCUCCUCCAGCGCAUGAUCGCCACCCUACAACGUGAGCUCGCGAUGAAGGACCUGGGCCCUCUCCAUCACUUCCUCGAGGUAACCAUGGAGUGACGCCCCUAGAGCCUCUUCCUUCACCUGCGCUAGUACGUCAUCAACAUUCUAGAGCUGGCCAACAUGUCCAACUACAAGCCCUGCUCCACGUUUGUUGACACUCAAGGGAAGGUCUACAACGACGAAGGUGUCGUGGUCAGCGAUACAACGGCCUACCGAAGCCUCAUCAGGCUCUCCAGCACCUCACCUUCACCUGGCCCGAUGUUGCCUACGCGGUCCAGUAAGUGUGCCUUCACAUGCAUGUCUCGCAGGAGUCCCAUCUUAUCGCUACCAAGGGGAUUAUUAACUACCUCUGUGACCCUCGACUACAGUCUUCUUCGGCCCUCUCUGACUUCUGAGUUGGUCGUCUUCACCGAUGUUGAUUGGGUCGAUUACCCUAACACGUGCCAGUCCACCUCUAGCUGGGCCGUGUUCCUAAGCACCAACCUCGUCUCCUGGUCCUCGAAGCGGCAGCCCGUCGUCUCCCGCUCUAGCUCUGAGGAUGAGUAUCGUGUUGUGGCCAACAGCAUAGCCGAGGCAUCCUGGCUCCAUCAACUGCUCCAAAAGCUCUAGCAUCCCCUCAUGUGCGCCACACUCGUCUACUGCGACAACGAUACGCGGUAUACCUCUCCAACCCUGUGCAGCACCAGAGCACGAACCACGUGAAAAUCGACCUCCACUUCAACCACGAGCGAGUCAUCGUCACGAUGUUUGCGUCCUCUGCGUCCCGACCACUUCGCAAUUUGUCGACAUGUUCACCAAGGGGCUCCCCUCUGGUGUUCUCGGAGUUUCGAUCCAGUCUCAACAUUUGUAAUGCCUAAAGUUGAGACUACAGGGGUGUUAGACAUGUGUGUGUUACAGCUGUAAUGGGCUUAGGCCCGACCCAUAUAUUGUGUCUAUUAGACUGGCAUGUGUUAGAGUUUGCCAUAUAUAUUUGUUGAUUGCAUUAUCUCCUACGUCAUGUACUCUAUAUAAAUUGUCUAAGGACUCAAUGCAAGGCAUUAUCUUUUAUUGGAGCAUAUACCUGUCUAACAAUAUAAAAACUAUUGGAGGGUGAAAAGACAUAAAGGGCUAUUUUUAUUCGAAUGACUCCAAGUGAAGAUUUAGAGUUUAAGAAAAACUCUUGGAGAUACUCUUAGACCAGUAUUUAAGUAAGGCUUAUAAUAAGAACAGAAAAAAUACCUCAAAUACAUGUACAGACUUUAUUUCAAGCAAUGAUUUCAAGUUGCCUGCUCGCCUGGUCGAACCUUGGGACCGACCACGCGACUAGUUGCGAUUAGGCGACGACCAAGGCGAUUAGUCGACCCCUAGUCGGUCUCGGGUCGUCCUAGACCUUUUAGAGUAGUAGUUAUACUUAUAUAGGUAUAUAUAUACAUUAUAUAAAUUAGAAACAAAUAGCUAGGAUAAACAAAAUAACAGAUUGAUUUAUUGUGAUUUGUGACUUACCUGACAUCCACUAGUUCAGCACUAGGUAUAUAUAUAUAAAUAUAACUAUAUACAUUAUAUAAUUUAGAACAAACAGCUAGGAUAAACAAAAUAACAUAUUGCUUUAUUGUGAUUUGUGACUUUCCUGAUAUCCACUACUUCAGCACUGGCAGAAAUACAAAGAAGGGGUGAACGGGGGAGCAAGAGGAACCUUGAGAUGACGAGCUCAUCUCGUCAAUGGUGCUGGUCUGCUAGAGAGUGGAGAUGCUGGUACUCUGUCACGGUCGCCGCCGGUGCUAGUCUUCUCGACUACAGCAGGACAGCAGCCAAGCAGGCAGAGGCGCUGGUGGAGCAGGCCAGCAGGGGGUGCAGGUGAGCAGUCACAGGUUUUCUGUGGCGCAGAUGCCAGAGCAGGAUGUCUAGUCUGGGGCGCAGUGGCAGCCGCCGGCGACCAGGUCUGAAGGCUAGACGUCGGGGGAGAGAGGAGGCGUACGCUAGUUUUGGCGGCUGGCCGUCUGGGUAUUAGUAGAGGAGAGGAGAGGCCAGACUAAAGGAUAUUGUAGAUGGGUUGAAAAUGGCCCAAUACCAAAACCCUAGUCGGGCGACUAGGAAGCAAUAAGCGGACGAUUAGUCGCCCUAAUCGGCGACUAGUCGGACGACUAGGUCGACCAACCUGUCUAGUCGAACACAAACAGGCAACCAGCCCAACUAAUCGUGAUUAAUCGGACGACUUCAAAUCAGUGUUUACAAGUCGUCCGACUAAUCGCGAUUAAUCGCGAUUAGUCGGGCUGGUCGCCUGGAGAUGGGCGAUUAGGAGGACGACGCGAUUAGGGUUUCUAGUCGUCCUAGUCGUCCGACUAGUCGUCGACCGGGGCGAUUAGUCGUCUAGUCGAGCGCAGUCUAGUCGUUUUUGGUCGUUUCAGUUCUGGACUUUUGGUACUGGGCUUCCCUCUGGUUUUUGGCCCAUCUACAGUAGCGCCCCUUCAGAAACCCCCCAGGCUCCCAGCCGCCAAGGCCUUCCAGCCGCCAGAACAUUUCCUAGCCGCCAGAAAACCCUAAUCCUCUCCUCUCCUCUGUCCUUGCCGACAUCUCUCACCUCUCCUCUGUCCUUGCCGGCGUCUCUGCUCCAGCGGUCAAGCCUCCAAGUGCUCCAGCCGUCCGGCGUCUGCCAGCUACUCAGCUAGUCAAGAAUUGAAGAUGAGCUCGUCAUCUGAAGGUAGCACUUGCUCUCCCUUCUCUGAUUAUUUCCCAGCCUUCCCUUUCCCUCUGUUACCUCUGCAGCGCCCGGAAGAUAGCAGUAGCCCUUCCCUCUCCCUUCUCUGAUUGUGUGUUUGUGUUGUCUGUUCAGAUUUUAAUGGUGGCUGUGGACGUGCUAAUAACGUUGAGGUCUUAUUCCCUGGGUCAAAUAUGGUCGGCAGUGAAAGUCAAAGUGCUUCUGUUCCUCAAGUGGCCUCAAAUGCAGGUAGCACUGGUCCUGCGUCUGCUUUAUCAGCUGCUGCAGAUUGUAAAACCCUUGCUGAAAAGGCAAUUGCAGCACUCCCUCCUGACCUUAGUGCACAAGCAAAUGACCCCAAGAGAAAGGCAAGGUCACAGGACCCAGGAUGGCAGUUUGGGUGGUGGCCAGACACAACAAAGAAGGAUUUUGUUCAGUGUGUCUUCUGUAAGAAGAUUGUGCCAUCUGGAAUCAAGAGGUUUAAGCAGCAUCUAGCCGGUGGGUUUGGUGACACCAUGAAGUGUGCUAGAGUACCAGAAGUGGUUUCAAAGGAGAUGCACACCUAUCUGAGAAGGAACAUGAGGGUUGUGAUUACUUCGGAUGGUGAUGAAGGUGAAGAGGAAGGGGAGCAGAUUGAUGUAGGCCCCCUACCAAGUUCUGGGACAAAAACCAAGCAAACAAAAAAGCAAAUUGCUCAAGCUUCCAUGUCUUCAUUUGUUGUAGCAGCUCCUAUAAAACCAAAUACACAGAAGGCAAGCAAAUCAGUGAGUGCCAUGCUUUGCAAGACUCCAGAGGAAGUUGUAGCAGAGAGACAUAAAAAUAGAACUUCUCAGACCACUCUUGAGCAUUGCACAAAGAAAGGAACAGAAGCAAAGCAAAUUGUUGACGACCAUGUAGCUGAUUUUCUAUAUGAGAACAAGAUUCCAUUGAAUGUCGUCAAUUCAAGAAGCUGGCAGAUUAUGAUGGAGUCCAUUGGUCAGUAUGGUCCUGGAUAUCGUGGCCCAUCAUACUAUGAGGCAAGGGUACCUUGGCUUGAAAGGGCAGUGAAGAGAACAUCAACAUUGAGAGCUAAGCAUGAAGAGGCUUGGAAGGAAUAUGGUUGCUCAAUUAUGUCAGAUGGGCGGACUGACAUACGACAACGGCAUUUGAUAAACUUCCUUGCCAACAGUCCAGCGGGGACCUACUUCUUAGGUUCUGUCGAUGCAUCAAGUGAGAUAGCAAAUGCCAAUAUGUUGGCAGAUCCAUUGGAGAAGCAAAUAAUUAAGGUGGGGAAAGAACAUGUGGUCCAGGUGAUCACUGACAAUGGAGCCAAUUUCAAAGCAGCAGGGAGGAUCCUUAUGGACAGAAUUCCCCAUCUGUUUUGGACUCCUUGUGCUGCGCAUUGCUUGGAUUUGUUGUUGGAGGAUAUUGGCAAGAUCAAGGAGUUCAACACUUGCAUCAACAUGGCCAAGAAGGUUUCGAGGUUCCUGUACAAGCAUGGGCGACUUCCGACUUCACAGCCUAAUGAGAGAAAAGCUAGGUGGGGACCUUGUUAGGCCAGGUGUGACUCGAUUUGCAACAUCAUUCUUGACUUUGGCAAGCAUGUAUAAGCAUAAGAGUAAAUUACAAGGCUUGUUUGUUAGUGAUGAAUGGAAUGGGUCUAAAUUUGCCCUAGUUAAAGAAGGUGAACAAGCUGAAAAUAUUGUCCUUUCAGUAUCAUUUUGGCAAACUCUUGAAAAUUGUCUUCGGGCUUCACAACCACUACUCAUUGCUCUAAGGAUUGCUGACGGUGAUGAGACGCCAGCAGCUCCAGAGAUAAUGGCAGCUAUGGACAAAGCAAAAGCUACCAUACAGGAGUCUUUGAAAGAGAAGCCACGAUUACUUGCUGAAGUAAUCUCAUGCUUUGAGAAGAGGUGGGAUACUCAGAUGGAGCAAAAAUUAUAUGGGGCAGCCCUUUAUUUGAAUCCAGGUAAAUUCUUUACCUUAAGGGAUAAAGACAGGAGGCAAGCUGCAAGACUUCGAGCUAUGUUCAAUGAUGUUUUGUGGAAAAUGAUCAGUGAUGAGGAUGAGCAAACAAAAAUAAGUAAACAAGCAGAUGACUAUGAAAGAUCAGAAGGGGAAUGCUUUUCAAAGGCUGGAGCAAUAAGAGAAAGAGAGAAAAAAAGUCCUAUCCUAUGGUGGGGUGCAUAUGGAGGACUGGCAUAUGAACUACAAAGCUUAGCAAAAAGGGUUAUAAGCCUAUGUUGUGCAGCUUCAGGUUGUGAGAGAAAUUGGUCAGAUUUUGCAGCAAUCCAUACAAAAAAGAGGAACCGACUAGAACACCAGAGGCUUAAUAAAUUGGUCUAUGUCAGUUACAAUAGGAAGAUGGAAAAUAGGUUUCAAACACUAAGAGAGCUGGGAUCCAAAGGAAAAAGAAGCAACCCACUCGUGCUUGAAGAGUUCAUGUGGGAAAAUGAAUGGGUUGAAGAAAAUGAAGAUGAUGGUGACAACAACAUAUGGCAUGCUGUGGAUGAGGCUUUAGGAGCAACUCAGGCUCUUCGAGGCAGAAACUUGCCAAGAAUAGCUGCUGCAGGUGCUGGUUCGUCUUCUCAGCCUCAACGAACAUAUGUUAGGACAAGGAAGCGUUCAAGAAAUACAGCAGCUCAAGAUAUUGGAGAGGAGGAUAGUGAUGAUCAAGAAGAUGGUGUUGCUGCAGCACAAGCAGAACAAACCCAAGAAGCAACUGGAUUGGACGAAGAUGGUGCUGCUGCUGAUGCAUUUUGUUUGGAUGCUGAUCUGCUCUAGGUAGCAGCCAGCAGGUAAUAUUACUUUCAGUUUAGACUUUGGAUGGAUUCAGUUUUACACUUUUACUGAAUUACUGCUAGUCUGCUACUAAUUAUGCCUAUAUUAUUGCAGAAAUGCAGUGUUUAUAUAGUUAAUAUAUAGUUAUAUACAUAUACAUAUGUCCUUAAAUCCAUAGGACGACUAACGGACGACCAGAGGUCGACCAGGACCGAUUAGGUCGACUAAUCGUCGCCCUAAUCGCGAUUAGUCGCCUGGUCGCCCCUCUCACUCGACCAGCUGGUCGCCCGACUUGUAAACAUUGCUUCAAAUCAUUGAUUUCAAGGAAAGUCAAAAAGGUUAGUUGGAGUUAUUUUCGAUUCAGUGAUGGUAUCAUGUCCACACAUUAAAUAUAUGGAUUUCCAUGUACACUAUUGUCAAUUUGCUAUUUAUUAAACAAUAAUUCAGGUAUGGUUUGAAAGUAGGUUGGAAGACCAGUUUUUACAGAUAGUCAGAUACAGAAAACCUAAAAUGCUUGAAGCUAAAAGAUAUGAUAUGAGUAAGCAAAAG